CUACGUCUUGGAACUCCGAAGCACUCCCAGUCACGUUGUUACGCCGUUGCUCUUUGAAUUCGAAUUGCCUCGGUUGGCUAUGUUGUUUGGCGUCAUAUCCGUAAUAUUUCUGGGGGCAGGCCUUACUGUCAACUUUCUAGAAUUGCUCGCGUUCAUUCUAAUUCGUCCGUUCUCUCUCUCCCUUUUUCGCAGAGUGAACGCUUUCCUAUGCUAUCUCUUUUGGUCCAUAUUCACGUGGGUUUUGGACUACUGGGGUAGUCAAGAAAUGAGGAUUUUUAGCGACGAAGAUCUGAGCUACGAGGAGCUUUCUCGUUUCAAUAAAGUCGCCAUUCUCAAUCAUCGGGGAGACAUAGACUGGAUGCUAGGAAUCGCACUCUGUGAUCGCCUGGGAAUUCUACAGAGUGUGAAAUGUGUGACCAAAGAUUUUGCAAAGUACCUGCCAACAAUGGGAUGGAACUUUUGGUUUUCUGAAUUUGCAUUUUUGAAGCGGAAAUUUGAAGCUGAUCACAGUCGUUUAGCUGAAGCUGCCAGAUGUUGGAAUUCGUACGACUUUCCGUGGACUCUCUGUUUCUACCCUGAGGGUACUCGCUUUACUGAGGAAAAACACCAGAAAAGUUGUGAGUAUGCUCGGAAAAAGGGUUUGCCAGAACUAAAGCAUCACUUGUUGCCACGCACCAAAGGAUUUAAUAUUCUUAUACGGGAAUUUAAAGAUCAUGUUCCUUACGUGUAUGACAUCACAUUUGGAUACCCACAUGGUAUUGUAACACUAAUGAAUCUGGCCCAAGGACAGAAAGUGUAUGCUGAUGUCUAUUUGAGGAGAAUACCAGUAAGUGAGAUACCGAUGGGCUCAGAGGAAGAAACAAGCAAGUGGUUGAUCGACUUGUUUAAAGAAAAAGACAGAAUGGUUGAUUAUCACAGCAUUCAUGGACAAUUUCCUUUUCCGUUAGUUCAUAUAUCUACUCCAAUCUACCCCUAUGUCGUUAUGACAAUGUGGGCUCUUUUAUUACUGGUGACUUUCCUGUGGGCAGUCUAUGGUCUAAUAAUUGCUGGAGCUUACUGGAAGUUGACAAUGGUAGGAGUAACCUUUCUAACAGCUUUUUUUGGACUGCAUCAUAUUUGCAUGAUUGUUAAUCGGGUCAAGGGAUCUCAACAACCAAAGAAAAAAGCUACUUGACUCUCUUGGAUCAGUGCAUUCAAUGCUCAGAGACAGGUUGUUUGUUGGUUAAUAGACAUAUUUACUGUUAUAGAUAUAAAGUGAGAACAUUAGGUGUGACUGGUGUAUUGGUUAGAAAUAAUUUAUUGUUGAAUAUAG